GAGCUGCCGUCCCAGGGACAGUGGAGACCCACAGGCCUGGCGCCGGCGCUGGUUCGUGCUGCGACGUGGCCGCAUGUGCGGGGACCCCGACGUGCUCGAGUACUACCGCAGCCAGCGCGCCAGCAAGCCCAUCCGCGCCAUCGACCUGCGGGAGUGUGCCGUGUGGCGGCAUGCGGGGCCCGGCCCCGUGCGCAAGGAGUUCCAGAAUCACUUCGUGUUUGUCGUCCAGACGGCGGCCCGCACCUUCUACCUGGUGGCCAAGACCGAGGAUGAGAUGCAGCGCUGGCUGCGGAGCAUCACCCAGGUGUGCAACCUGGGCCCCUCCGAGGCCGGGGCAGAGUCCGUGGAGAGCCUCUCUCGCACACCCUCCUCCCGGCAGCCAUCCCCGGCCAGCUCCGUUCACGCCGGCCAGGCUGUCGGCCCCGCCUCGCCUAGAGAGGACACGAGCACUGGUACCGUAGCCACUGAGGAAACCAGAAGUGAGUCAGAGUUUCUCUUCCUUCCUGAUUAUCUGGUUCUGUCCAACUGUGAGACUGGAAGACCGCACCGUGCCAGCCUCCCCAGCAGAUGUGACAGCUGCUCAAACUCAGACCGCUCUCUGGAGCAGACAUCCUUCGACGAUGUUUUCGUGGACGGCCCCCCACCGCCCUCCGCCGUCUCUAGACCUGACGUGUUUAAGGGGAGAAAUCUUCUGCAAGCAGUCUUCCCUACAGCCGCAGACGUGGGCGACCAACCCUUACGGCACCGGGACAAGCGACUUAGUUUAAAUUUGCCCAGCAGGUUCUCGCCCAUGUGCGCCGCGGCUUCCUCCGGGGUGGACGACAGCUACGUGCCCAUGCAGGCCGCGGCCUCUAGCCAGGGACCCCCCUGCAGCCCUGACGAGUAUAUCCCCAUGAGCUCGGGCUUGUUGAGCCCACUGCCUGCGCUCCCUGUGGACCUGCAGCCUCCCCCCGUGAACAGAGACCUCAAGCCUCAGAGGAAAUCACGGCCACCGCCCCUGGACCUGCAGGGUCUCUCCACCAUCCGGGAGCAUGCGGCACUGAGCAGGGCCCGCACCGUGCCUGGCAAUCGAAGCAGCUUGCUCUCUCCAGAAAGAAAUGGCUUCAGUUCGGCCAGGUUCUUUGCCAGUCCUGCUCCCAGAGAAGAGGAAGGGAGCUACACGCGCAUGGAGGAGCACAGAACAGCCAGCUCGCUGAUGUGGAGCAGGACCUGUGGCCUGGAUUACUUAGCCCUGGACUUCAACUCCGCGUCGCCAGCCCCAGUGCAACAGAAGCCCCUUGCCGAAGAGCAGAGAGUGGACUACGUGCAAGUGGAUGAGCAGAGGACGCAGGCGCUGCAGAGCACCAGGCGGGAGUGGACGGAUGAGAGGCGGUCCAAGGCGGACUCGGAUGAGCGAGCACCGCCUGGCCAGCCUUGAAGACGCGGGGGCCAUGCAGACCUGACACGGGCCCCCAACUUCUGCCCCCUCUGUGGCCGCUCGCCUGGAGCUUUGACCCGUGACGGGGAUGCGUGCCCAGCCAGGCUUUCUGUGCGGAAACAUCCCCACCACACGCGCCCUCGGGGCCCCUCUCCAGGACCCGGGUACAAGCUUUCCCAGGAGCGGCCCAGAGCCGCCGUCCCAGGGUGAGGGCGCACUGACCCGGCAUUGUGUGCUGGACCCGAACCUUCACAUGGUAGACGUCUGACCAGAAAACCCUCCAACCCAGCAGGCCAGAAACGCGGUGAGUGGUGAUGGGGUCCCGAGCGCACCAUGAGGACAUUGGACUGACCCUUCUUUUGACCCAGAAAAGCCUCCGCAGGUCGCGGCUUUCACUGAACUGUCCUCCUGCCUCUCCUGCGCACCUGGGGGCCGUGGAGCAGGCUGGCCUGGCGCCCCGGGGCUUGCCCAGGUGGGGUCUCAGGCAAGGCCCGGGUCGGCGGGGUCCCUGGGCCGCAGGCUGUCUGUGGCCUGUGCGGGCGCUCAGACUGCCCGGGCGGGGGGAGGGAAAGCCCCAGCACGAGUUCCACCCGCUCGCGUGGGCCCCGGGGUCUGAGGAGCAACACGCUGGCGCGCCGGGACUCGUGUGCAAGGAGCUCAGUCGGGUUCUGGGCUGCUGGGCCGGCGGCUGCUGGGCCGGCAGGGCACAGAUUUCUGAAAACAGAAGUGAGAACGAUGCCGGAAGAGCCGACUUCCAGCAGAUUUUGCAGGUGUGAAGGGACUAGAAUUUUCACCAGGGGUUGACGUUGGCCGCCUGUUUCUUGCUACUUUGACGGAGUGGCCGCAGACAGCAUUGUUUCCUUUUUUAAAGAAAAGUAAUGAGGUGCCGUUGGGCAUUUUAUUUCCAAAGCACAGUGUGUCUUUCUGUAGCAAGAGGCAAAACCCCAAACCUCUGUAUGUCGGUGACGAGUGGUCAGAGCAGGACACUGCUCGCCCGAAGUCAAGGGCGCUGCGCAGGAAGAAGCUUCCGCAGACCUGGGCCUCGCUGCGGCAGGCCGUGCCUUCCACCUCUUUCCACUGGCAGACGCCUCCGGGCCGGGCGUGUCGUGCGGGAGCCGCCUUGUACCGUAGGUCCAAGUCUGUGAAGGCCCCUUGUGCCCGGCUCCCUCUUCUCAAGGCCUCUUUGCUGCUGACUCUGAGAAGUUCACGUGGACUCACUGCGCCAUCUAUCUGGCACCAA